UAUUCAAUGUUUUUGUUGUCAAAAGUGAUGUUUAUGGUUGAAAAAAUGUCAGUUUUGACACUGACAGAUCAGUAUCAUAUCGGAAACAGAUAAAAUAACUAAAGUUCUAAUUGGUAUGUUAGUAAAGAGCGCCUACGUGUGACUAUCCUGAUCCCAAGUUUUAGUAAAUGCUCCAAAAUGCUGAGUCUGUACGUUGUCGUCCAUUAUUUCAAAUGACCAUCGUCCAAGAGCCAAAAGGUCAUAACUUGCACGGAUCUAGUAUCGUACUGAGGCUCUUUUGUUCCGAGAUAUGAGAGAGGCGUGUGUACGCACAGGGGCGGUUUUUGGCAGAAUUCCCCCAUAACCCGGUCAGCGACCCGCCUGCAGGGCGUUGUCAACUGCAGCGGGCUUAAGACAAAUACUAUUUGUUCCAGUUUAAUAAGGCCUAGACCAAAAUUGUGUCUAUGUACUUUCGCUAUCUAACUAUUUCUUCAUAUGAUCCUAGGGAAUACUCAUUAGUUUUAAAACAGAAACUGUGCUAUUAAGGUUAAUAAUGUUUAAUUCUAUUUGAAUCUUAUAAUUGACUGCAAUCAUGAAAGUCAUUUUCACUUAUACUAAUUCUAUCUGCUUAUGUCCUAUAGUCGGCCUCCUAAUUUGAUUUGACGCAAAGUUAAGUAACCUCUUAAUUAUGCAAUUAAAUUUAGAGAUUCGCUUUAUGUACCAACAUUCAAUUGGUCACUGGAUUUGAUGUAUAUUUUUCUAACAUUACGAAGUGUUGGACAAUAGCUUUGACCUAUAAAUAAGAAGCAUUUCAUAUGUAGGUCAAGUACGAGAAUGUUAGACAAUGCCUAAGUAUUUAAAAUUCAACCUUGCACUUUACUUGAAGAGUAUCCAAGAUGCACCAAAAACUCGCUUUAAAAAGUCUCCAAUGUUUAGUUUAACAAUGAAACCUCCCAUGCGCCGCUACAGUAGUAGGCAAUACUUGUGUAGGACAGCUGGUACUUUAAGGCAGCAGCGGCGCGACUCACGGCAGUUCUGUUCGCGCCGCCCAACGGAACAGUCGCGACGCUCCUCUGAACACCACUCGAAAAACAAUUCAAAAACACUUCAUAACUACAAACAAACAAUUAAAAUUCGCAUCUGUGUUGUAUGGAAACUCUUCUUGACUGAGCAGAUUAUAUGUGAGAAGUCUCAAAACAUGUGAUUAACUUAGUAAACACAUAACUUUGGGACGUGAGUGAUUUGCCGCAUUUAACAGUGCCAGUGUACAAAUACGAACGGAACUUUUCGCAAGUUCACGCGUUGUAAAAUGUGAAUUUACGAAUUUUUGUUUUAAAAAAUUAGCACAAUGAUAAAAAGACUGAGGCAACGUUUUGAGUGAUGUCGGGAUGCUUUGUCUCGAGUCUAUAAUGGCGCGGUGGCGCGAGCGCGGCGAGCGGCGCGAGAUGGAGGAGAGCCGCCGCCUGCGCAGCCGCAGCCUCUGCUCCUCCGCCGAGGGCAGCCUGUUCCAACUCCUACACCGACGAGCUAGCAGUGCGAUACGGAUGCGGCCACCAUUAGAGUCCAACUGCUCAUCUGCCAGCGAGCUGAUCACGCGCCGGGGCGUGUUCUCUCGUAGGCAAUAUGGGUCGGUGGAACAGGUCAGCAACCUCGCCGGACCCAGCGACGGACCCGACUCCUACGUCAGGCGCUACCGCCUGGAAAAUGGCAAUUCACUCGGAGAAAAAGAUGAGCUUUUUGGGCCUCACAACACUCCCGUUCUGGAAAACCCGGAGUUUCAAACUCGGUGGUACUUCAAGUACUUCCUGGGAAAAAUGCACCAGAACUACGUGGGGCUGGACUACGCCCGCGAGCCCUUCCUAUUGAGCGUCGUCCAGGAGAGCUCCGCCGGGCUCAUGCGGGCCAUACUCUUCAACAAAAAUGGUGCCCAAAAGAUAUACAUCCCACCGAGCGCCUGGAAUACGGACCCCAAGACCGAAGUCCGCACACGGCCGACAGUCAAGCAGAUCCUCGCUCAGUUCCCAUGUAUGGAACGCGUAGAUAAGUUGCCGAGAGAGGUGAGCCGAGAGAUAUCAUGCGCCGAAGUGCAGAAGGACGUGCUGCUUCUAGAAGAGCAGGAGGGCUCCGUGAACUUCAAGAUCGGCGUCAUGUUCAUGCGGCCCGGCCAGCGGACCGACGACGAGAUGCUCUCCAACGAAUUCGGCGACGAUGCGUUCGAGCGUUUCAUCGACCUUCUGGGGGACAGGAUUCGAUUAAAAGGAUGGAAUCGAUUCAGAGGUGGACUUGAUGUUAAAGGUGACAUGACGGGGUUGUACUCCGUGUACACAAUGCACCACGGACACGAGAUCAUGUUCCACGUGUCCACGCUGCUGCCGCACUCGAAGGACAACAAACAGCAGCUGGAACGUAAACGCCACAUCGGCAACGACAUAGUAAACAUAAUUUUCGUCGACGAGAGGGCCCACGAGACUUUCAACCCGCAGUUCAUAAAGAGCCACUUCACACAUAUCUUCGCCGUGGUGUCAGAGAUCCCCGAGGGCUACAAGCUCAGCAUCUUUAGCGACGACUGCGUGCCCCCGUUCGGGCCCUCGCUACCGUGCCCCCCGAUCUUCGUGGACCCCAACCUGUUCAGGGACUAUUUGCUGGUAAAAAUGAUGAACGGCGAGAAGUCCGCAUUUCAAACGCCGAUCUUCACGCAGAAGCGUCAGCGGACCCUCGACACCCUCAUCAAAGACAUAUACACGGAACACUGCACGGACCACAAAGUGCCAAUGCUGUCCCGGCGCGCGCUGUCCGACGUGUGGUCGGGCAACAGUCAGAGCGCGGGCGCAGCUCGCACGGAGCGGUUCUUACACAUCGGACAAGCUAUCAAGCUGGACGCCGUGCUGCGCGGCGACGCGCCAACCAGCCUCGCCUCGUCGGGCCAGGUCCAACGGAGCGGCCGCCGUGCACCUUGGGAGGGCCGCGUGUGGCGCUCGACCCCGCUGCCCGGCGCACCUGUCUGCGCCGAGCAGAUCUCGGAGGGCAAGCUGCUGCUGUCCACUAAUAACAACACAUACAUACUGGAAGACAGUGGCACAACCCGGGUAAUCCUCCGCUGGGAGGGCAGCGUGCGCGCCGUGCGUCUGACGGAGCGAGCCGGACUGUUCCGCGUCGGUGCGCGCGCCAACGGCGUCAGCUCCGCGUCGAGCAACGCCAGCAGCGCCGGCGUCUACGCUGUCCCGCUCGCUCAGCUGUACGCGGGCGCCUGGGCCAUGAGGCCGCUGCAGGACUGCAAACAGGCGCGCCUCUCGCGCACCAAGACCGCGCACUUCUUCGACCUGGUGGAGCACAAUGGCAGGAUCACCCUCGUCGUGUCGGUCAGCAGGCGGGUGCUGAUCAUGGCGGAGGAGGAGCGGCUCGACAACGACAAAGGCUUCGACUACGUGCAUAUCAAGGACGUCAUGCUGGGCGAGGUGCCGUCGCUGAUUAAGUAUUUGAACUACGACUCUGGCGUAAUUGUGGCGGGCUACAAACAUCACUGGGAGGUCGUUGACUGCGGCAGUGGGCAGUGCGUGAAACGAGCUGACAACGCCGAGCAACGCCGCGGCACCCUCGUCAACGCGCUGCGCAUAGGCGACGAGCGGGACCGACAGAUCGUGCUCUGCUACAACCAUACUUGCCACUUCGAGAGGCUGACCAACCGCGGGCUGGAGAGUGAGGCCGAAUACGACUUUCACUGGACUUCCGUGCCGCUAGCCGUCGUGAACGCUUUCCCAUACAUAAUGGCGUUCGCCGAAGACUUGUUGGAGAUACGCCUGGUGGCGAACGGUUCGCUAGUGCACGCCGCCUGCAUCCCCGGCCUUAAGCUGCUGUGUGGACAACGCGACAUAUUCUACGUAGCAUGCGCGCCCGAGUACGUGCCCCUCAAUGACGAUGACGAGGCCAACCUGGGCCUGCCCCCGGAGAGCAUGGAGCAGAUCCGGCAGCGGCAGCAGCCCUACUCCGUUGAUGGAGACGACAGUAGCAACGAGCCGUGCACAAGUGCUGCGGCCCGCGCCGCCGACGCGGCGUCUGCGUCAGCGUCCAGCCGCAGCAGCUCGCUGUCUUCAGAGCACGACACUAUACGCCCGCCGCUGCAGCGCACGGCGCGUGUGUCGCCACCUAACUCCCCACAAGUGUCAAGUUCGGCUUCGACCGAGCAGCCGCCGACACCGCCGACGUCGGCGUCGUCGUCCCGCUGCGUGCGCGUGUACAAGAUCCCGCACGGGAACCUCGGCGCCGGGGCCUACGCGCGCCAGUCAGUCUCUGUGGACCAGCCACGGCCUCAAGGUGCGGCCGCGCUGCUCCAGGCAGCGGCGCUGCUGCCCCAGGGGGCUCCGCCUCAGGCGGCCGCGCGAGCGCAGGCGGAGCCUCAGCCCGGGCCCUCGGGGCUCCAGCGACUUGACUACCAGCGCCCAUCCACGUCGCGCGCCCCCGCGGAGCCGCGACCAUCCACGUCGCGAGACUAAACCGUGCACAACUUAAAACUGAUCUAGUCUAUUUACAAAUUUUACUCUAUAUUAUUGAUAUCUUUGAAGUAUACCAAAUAUAUUUGGAGUAGGUUCCGCUGUGAAUGUAGAUUAAUUAUAUGUUUAUUAAAGCGAUACUCUGAGUUUGUGAUCUAAUUGACCAUGACCGUGAGUGUAUCUAGGUACUUUGUUUGCCACUGCGAUAAACAUUGACGUCGACUUUUCUAAUAUGAAUAGUCAUUCAGAUGUCUCCCGGAUCACAUACACGGUAGUAUCUCUUAAGGCGAGAUUCCACUAACACUGGUGGAAUCCGGCCUUCCAAUCGUGGUUCUAUCUAGUCCUAAAUAAAUUAACUAGGUAAUGGAAAAGAUGUGAUAUAAUGUCGAGGUUGACGGGGAAGGGGUAGUGCGGACUGCGCAGUAGCUAGUAAGACGAUACUUACCGCUGUAUUGUCAAUAUAAUUGUAUAAAGCCCUCAUCUGUGGGUGGAUAACUUCGUCUAACAUUAUUAUUCAGAUACGUAUAUAAAAUAGGUACCCAUUAGGUACUAUUAAAUUAUCAUCCAAAUCAAAAUGGUUGAUGGGUUUGCCUAGUAAAGUACUUAACUUGAAAUAAUUAUAUUUAAAAAAACAAGUACUAACAUUAAUAAAAUUACAAUAAAUGAAAAGAACUGACUUUGACUUUCUGGCAAUUUAGUUAGAUUUCUAUGCACAAAAUAAAUGCUCAAAAUAUUAGAAAGGCGGUUUUAACAAAUUGUCAAAGACAAACAAUACGGAAUGCUAUAAAAAGCAUUUCAUACACUAGUUAUAAUAAAUAAAACAUUAUAUUUAUAUUAUUAAGAAUCUUAAGAUUCUAAAUGUAAAUAUUUAAGUAAAAAUCUACACUCCAUGUAUGGUACUUAUACAAUAGUGACGAUCAGCAGAUUUGUGUUGUAAUGUAGGUACCGACACUACCUACUCAGGAAUACACGUUAGAAACGACACAAUAACGUGAAUGAUGCACCUAAUGAUGAUAAUGAUGUUUACCUAUAAUCAUUCUUAUUUAUGACAUUAUCGAGUAUACCUUCGAAAUCUGCUGAUCGUCAAAAUAAUGGUAUUAUUAAACCAUUAGGUAGGGUCAUCAACAAUAUCUAGCCGAUAUUACAAUGACAUGGAAAAAUCGAAAUUAUUAACUGACAUAGGUAACUUAUAAAUCUCACAGUCACUUCUUAAUAACAUAGCUAAGUUAACGAAUUUCUAAAUGAAAUUAUACCUUAAAUGUCUAUUAGGACACCAGAAAAGAAGUGCCAUCCAAUUAAUUUGAUUAUCUUCUAGACUUAAUUAAAACUUAUUACAUUUUGCGAUGCAAGAGAAUUGAAACAGUAUUUACUAAGUAUAACAAUAACUACUGUCUUUACAGAGAUGGACCUCUAGUAGUAACUAUUUUCAAUGAUAUUGUACCUUGAUAUUUCGGAGGGUAUAAAUAUAAAGAAAAGUGAGGAGAGGCCCUUCGGCCAACCAAAGAAAGAACCAAACUGAUAGCAACAUAAGAUCUCUUUAUAGAAUAGGAAAUGAAUCUUAAAACACUAGUACGAAGAUGUUAAAUUUAUAUAUAUGUUUACCUAAUAAAUAGGUAUUUCUGAAAUAUAUAUUAUAUUACGCUGGGACGUAGCCGUUAACUAUCUUCAUGGCAUGGAAACCACGCAUGAUGUUGUUUUAUCUCGACGAUUGUAAUAGGCCUAUGCAAAUCACUUCACUGUUUACUUAUAUCCAUGACCUAUAAAUAUGUAUUGUUAUUAUCGAAAAUUUCCAUAAUUAAUCACAUCGUUCACACUGUCUGUACCAAGAAUAGUCAAGCGGUAUCUAGCUAGAGACGUAUAAAAACCACAAAUAUACUUUCAUAUAUAUACACAAAUAAACAAUAAUUUGUUUUAGAUAAGAAAACGUUUUUAAAUAAUCACUUUGACUUGUAUAUGUUUGUCAACGUGUCUAUAUGAGUACAUUUCUCUGUGAUUAAGGUAAUGAGGCCUUUUUGGCGAACUUGUAAAUUUGAUCUAAACGUUACUGUUUCAUGGGUGCAGUCUAGUACGCGAAAUCAUUCCAUGUUGAAAUUAAAACUUACCUACUAAUUGUUAUCUGUAGUCACUAAUAGUUAUUUGGAGACUAUAUUGAAAUCAUUUUAUGUGAUAUCUACUUGUAAAAAAAAACGUAAAAAUUAAAAAAUAAAUAAAUGUUAAAUUUACAAUAUAGGGAGGUUAGGGGCGGUACCAAAUCUGAGCGGACGGCUAGGACUGAAUAAAAUAUUCUUAUUGACAACUCACCGGAUUGAGUUGCAUCGUUACUCGUUAGCUUUCGGGAAGUCAUUUGUUGACGGAAUGCAGGUGGUUACCUCCAUAGAUUACUAUAGUAAUGCAUGUACCUAAUCCACAUCUUGUGUAAUGUUAUCCGACCCCUGAAUAAAUGUCAUAUAAUAUCAAUGUUAUUUUCAACAGUAGUGAUAAAUAAAUGUCAAUAUUUUAUGUAGCGGUUUGAGCCACUGGCCAACCAAAGAUUCGUUAGAUUGUAUGUUACUCAAAAGAUCCUUGGGUACGUUUGGGGUGCUUCAAACCAUCAAUUUUAGGUGCCUAUUGGUACCUACUGAUAAUCAUCUGACUACCUAUUCUCUGGGUACCGCGGUUUAAACAAUGGUAUCAGCAAAAGCCUUGUUUAAAAGUAAGAAAUGGAUGAAAGUACACUAAUACCAUAAAAACUAUUCAAGUCAGUUCUGUAGACGCUUUAGCGUUGACUACGCCCUAAACGUGCCCUAGGAACAGCACACUAUUCAUGGACCAACAGACCGACAAUAGCCGCGCUUAGCAUAUCAGCAGCACCAAUAUUAUUAUUAAACUCGAUUGAAUGAUGUUUCAAUUAUAUAUUAUGAGACACUUACAGAAAUCGAACUAGUCCAAAUGCAGUAUGCAACUGUGGUAUGCAGAUAUGAUCAGCGCGACAGAAUGACUCACAUUAAAUUAUUACCAUUAACAUCGAAGCGGGAUGUGUUUACGAAGUACCUAGGUUUUAAGUUAGUUUAAUCUUGCAUCGAAGUUUUGUCAGGGGAAGACUGUUAUGGAAAUGAUUAUGGCUAUUUAGGAAUUGGUUUGGAUACCCCUUAACAAGAUUUCGGUAGUAAGUGGUAGGUCCGAUUUUUAUAAUAACGUGGAACGAACUCGUUCUCUUUUGAUGCGGUUUGUAGCCUAUAUUUCCGUACACGGCGGGAAGAAGUUGAUAACGCGGGAGAUCAAACAGAAGAAAUUUGAACCUAUGUAAUUUUAUUUCUCGAGUUAACAAGUUCUUCCCGCCGUGUACCGAUUUCUACAGUACUCUUAAAUACAUGUACUCUUGGGCAUUACUUAAAUAUCUGGGAGCGAUCUGUACCGCACAUGUGUAGGAAAGUUGUCUAGACACGCCAUUGAGAACUAGGCAGGGUCUUCCGUGGACCCUUUAUGCGAAAUCGGAACCUGUUGCUUACUAGGGUCUUUCCAAAAAUGUCAUCUACGCUUAAAGUAUAAGCUACUAAAUGUUACAUGUGUAGAUCGUAAAUGUCUAUUUAAAGUAGAUGCUGCGAUGUCUCUUAGGACAAUCUAUGUCCUCGACGGAAAGACCCGAGACCCGCUUCGGUGACUUCAUACAAAAAUAGUACCUAGUUUAUACAGUUAUUCAAAUAAAAUUGAAGGUGUAACUCGUCCUACGACAAAGCAUUCUUAUUUAUAUUGAUAAUAGAUGAUAUAUUUAGCAGAGUUUAUCAAUUGUUCAGUAACGUGAAAUUGCGUUGCGAGAGAGGAUAGGAGUAUUAAUAGAAAUCAUUUAAAUACCUAGGUAACCCUGCUGGGCUCCCGUCGCAUUACAUUCAGAGAUGCAGAGGUUCAAACUAGUCUCACUUAUUUUGUUCUGUAAUCUUAGCCAUACGAACUAUGUUUCAUUUGAACAUAAACAGAAGUUGGUAUAAUAUUAACGAAUUUUCUGAUCUCAUUUCUCAAAAAGUUUCGCAGCAAUGUUUGUCUUUCUCCAUAUUGAAAGAAAUCCUUUUUUUUAACAAUAUAUCCAUGUUGUUUUAAACAAUAUCAGAUUAAACAUAUAAAACUAAAAAUAUGUAAAGUCGAAGUCAAAUAUAAGGCGAAAUAUGUAAUUUGGCGUCGACUGUAGGGUACCUACUACCAAAGAGAAUUGGAAAUAGAGGUGCAUUGUCAAAGACAUUUUUGUAGCCACAGUAAAUUUACUGCCAUCUUUCGACACAUGGUUAUAACUUUAAGAUCGCCAUUUGACUUAGAUCCUUAUUCUUUCACUGAUGUGUUAAAUUAGUUAAAUAUCAAAGGUGGCGCCAUCUUACCGGGCAACGGCUAAAGGUUGUGGCGCCAUCGCUCGGAAACGAUUUGGCCUUUGAUCUAAUCUAAUGGAUGGCGCCACUUUUUGAUAUUUAACAAAUUAUCACAUAUCAGUGAAAGAAUGGAUCAAAGUCAAAUGACGUUGUUAAAAUUUUAAUUAUGUGUCGAAAGGUGGCAGUAAAUUUACUGUGGCUCACGUGGCUACAAAGUUUUCUUUGACAAUCCACCUCUAUUUCAAAUUCUCAUUGCUACUACGGUAACUUUCAGCACAAACUCAAGAAAAUUUGUAAUCUUACUAGGUAGGUACUCCUAGACCCGUCUUCCACUGUUAUGAAGUACCAACGGCAAGACUGGCCAAUAGAAAGGUUUUAUUUGAAUAAAACGUUAAUCACGUUAAAUGUGAAAAACGGGUCUAAUACGAGAUUUUUUAUUCAGUUAGUUUUGCCCUUAUAUACUCAUACACUGUAUUAUGUACUCACAAGCCUGCCGUAGAGGAAAGCACUAGCUUCCUGGAAGAUAUUUGUAAACGGUGUUGUAGUGCGGUUAGCUGCCUACCAGAAUUAAACGAAUCGAGGAGUGUACGAAUCUCACCUUAUUUUAUUUGCUCUUGAGUGAUCAUACUCGUAGUCAAUUUUAAUAAGACCUCACAUCACCUGCUUAGAAUUUUGUAUGCAAUUAAGUCAGAUAUCUCUGCAGCUGAGUGUACAUAUACACAGAAAAAUAGUCCAACUGCGUAUCACUGUACAAAUUGUGUUCCUCUGUAUUUCUAUAAUAUUCCUACUUUAAACUUUGGUCCUCUGGCAAACCCACUUUGUCAGUAGAAAAAGGCGCGUAGAAAUGUCAGUAGAGAAAUCAAAUGUUCUUAUAUGAGGACAACCCUUGCGCCUACAUUUUUAUUUAAUUUAUCGCCUUUUUCUUCUGACGGAAAUGGCUUGCCAAACUAUAUCUUUGUCUCCCAACCUAGUGUUUCCUUUGAACAUAAUUAAGAGGUUUGCAAUUAGAUAUCUGUAGGUGUCGACUAAAGUCCCAAAUCAUUUAUAUCCUUAAAAUGAGGUUGAGGGCAGGAGACCUGCUGUGUUAUGCCAUCUAUGACAACACUGGGGAACACCACUUUGUAUGGAGAUUACCAAACUUUAUAAUUUGUUUGUCGUUGGCACAAAAACAUCCUUAAAUUUGGUAAUCCUAUGAUCCCAUUGCAAAUUUAUAUUUCUUGUAUUUUUAAACGUUACUACGCGGUUUUAAGAUGAAUGUGACUUUUGAUAUUUUUCUCUUCUCUCGGCGAUAGCACUUUACAAUUCGAGAUUUUAACCCUGUUAUUUUUAUCUGGAGUUUAUUAAAAGAAAUAAAUGUCUGUUCAAUGAGAA